AUGGUCGCCUUUGCCGCCGAGGCACGACACAAUCAGAUUAUCGGCGAAUUGGGAGCAGAACACCAGGAGCAGCUCCGUGCAAUGUACAAUAGUGGGCUUGCAGAGGUAAACAAGUUGAGGAACGAAUUAGGCAAUGCUAACAUUGCGUUGUCGAUUCAGAGGUCUGAAAUGGGUCAAGGUGAAGUUCGUUUCCAACAAACCGAAAGCGCGAGGGAACUCGCUGUCAUUGAAGCCAACCGGCAAGCGGAAGCUGCCCGUAGAGCUUUAGAGGAAGCUAACAGCAAUGCCAGGCGCCUUCGCGAAGUGGAAACUUCUGCCCGUCAGAAUGAUGCAAUGCGAUCCCAUGAGGUCGCUGACAUGUCAUCUCGGAUGGAUGAACUGAUGAGGCAGCUUCACGCCCAGCGUCAGCAGACAGAGGUAUUGAUUCAGCAGAAUAGUGCAUUAAGCUCCAGGGUUCGAGAUUUCGAAGCUAGAGAUGCUGCUUUGAGGAUUCAAGAGGGAAUUCCACAAGGGCCUCCACCCGGCAUUCCCGUGCAUCCCAUUUCCACCCCGAAGCAUGGAGGUGACACUCCUACGGAACAGGCGACGGACGCCGGGAGGCGAACCCCUCCAGAUGGCUCCAGCCCAGGUGGCGGUGGUGGUGGCGGCGGGCCUGAUGGCAACGGCCCCAGCGGAGGCGAUGAUGAUCAUGAUCGUCGCAGUCGGAAGUCCAAGAAGGAUAAGAAGCAUAAGAAGAAGAAGUCGCGCAGGUACUUGAAGUCCUUCGGUGGGGAACCUCCUAGACCUAGUCAACAGGACGUCAAAGAUGCACUGACGACUGCCAGAAUGCUUAAAGCAACUCUGGAUGCAUAUGGUUCCGGGAUAAGGGCUAAGUGUGGUUAUGAGUGUGACACGGAAUUCGGUUGCGACAAGUGCAUUCCGAAACACAUUGAAGCUACCUGUGUUGCAGCUACCAAAGCGGAAGCCCAGCAGCUCGACAUUGAGUGGAUCGCGGAUACCGGCAGCGCCCAGGACCUGGUUUCACAGGGGGAUCUCGGAUCUUUGAGAAGCCAUCGUUCCCAAAAUCCUAUCGGUAUUGUGACGGCUAAUGGGCCUAGCACUGCUGAGAUUCAGUUCAACAUCGCAGUUCCUUCACUUGGAAUCGACAGCCAUCCAUACGUGUUGCCUAGCACACCCUCUGUUCUAUCCGUUGGUUACAGAUGCAUGGAAGAGGGAUUCGAUUUCGUUUGGAGAUCGGGUACAAGACCUUACUUUCAGUCAUCUAGCGGUGAGCGGAUAUAUAUGGAUGUGAAGGAUUACGUCCCCUACCUCAAAUCGUGGAAGGAAGGUGUGGCGGUACCUGCGAGGCGGAAGCCCCAGCCCGAUGAGGACCAUAAGAAUGAUUUGGUUCUUUCGCUUGAAGAGGCUGAGGGAUAUGCAAGGGAACUUCGGAUCAACGGCGACUUUCGUCUGGGAUCGUGUUACAAACUUUUGAAAUUGACACCAUUCAAGUCUACAGGGAAUUCGAGGAGAAUGAAAGCUACUGAAAAUGACGACUCGGUUGAAGAUGAAGUUGGCAGGGACUACAUAAUCAUCGGCGCUUGGAUUUUUAGCGGUAUGACUGGAAUCACAACUUCUGUAGACCGUCAUGCUCAGCUGACCAAGUACCUGAUCGCCUUCAUGAAGUCAAGAGGGUUGAAAGAUACCUUUACGUCCAUCUGCAUCAACCAUGGUGGCAAUCGCCGGGCACAGCCUUGGACAGGUGAUCGAUGGACCAUCACUGCAUACACGAUUCGGGAUGUAGACGGUUUGAGCUGGGAAAAGUCAAAGUCGCUAAUGUCGCUUGGGUUUCAGUUGAAUUCAUCAAGACGGUUACCAUUUGUUCCAUCAUUGAUUACCGGCGACAGCGAUGAAGAGCUCACACUUUACGACUUUGUGAAGAAGAAGAAGAAAGCCGAAGCCGAGAAAGAUAAGGUUCCUGAACCAGCUCCUCCUCUGAUGAAGAGUAAGGCCAAGUCUAAGCCCAGCAAGCCUGAUGCCGGGCGGAAGCCUGAGCCCGAGCCUGAAAAGGGUGCAGACAUGUCUGAUCUUUUUGAUAUUGAGGAGCAUUUCGAUGAAGCCGGGGAGUUGAAAAGUGCCGAGGAUCAGCCACCUCCUCCUCCUGAUUAUACGGAGUACUUUCCUGAUGAAGGUGUUAUUGUUCGCCAUCAUAUGCAGCCUCGCAAAGCUAAGUAUGCUGUUAGCGCUGCGGAAGCAGACGUCUUGAACAUCGGCGACCUGCGGUUGACCGAACGUCAGCUUCUUGGAAGUACUUCUGCAGAAGAACAAUGGGAUGAUGGUUUCCGGGGGGGUAAGGCUUCGGGACUUUGGACGGGAACCACUUACUUGUUUGAUCGUGGUAUUGAUAAGCAUCAUGCCGUGGCUGCUGUUAAGCGCCUUCGUGACAAGAACACAGCUAAAAAGGAAGCUAGGAAACAGGCUUUCUAUGACAUCAGCCAAUUGUCGAGUGGCACCGGAUGCAUGAAACAACCCGUCAACAUCAUCGAGUAUGACAUGAAGUCUUUUCUUGAACAAGCUGUACAAAAGUACAAAGACCUUGCUGGCCCCAAGUAUCACACCCUCAAGUCAGCCUCUACUCCUUUCGCCGACGAGAAGAUCGCGAGGCCCAUCGACGAUGAGGCCGAGGCAAAGGGAUGGCUCGUUAUGAUCUUUUACUGGCUGUUCAGGGAUUGGCAAGCAGAGCCUGCUUCGCCAAUCGUCGUGCCGGACAACCUCGAGAAGAGGAUCGAGCCCGAGAACAACGGGGUUCUCAUCGAAUGGGGACAUGAUCCGCCGAUCUCUCUGCUCGGAAGGGCAGACGAUAGUGGUAGCGGUAGCCCAUCUGUCGUUCGGGUCACUCAUAGCAUGGACCUUAACAGUACUCAGACGAGUAGGGACUUGCUCAAGGUCGUCAAAGGCUAUGCCAAGUCGAAUGUUCCCAUUACCGUUUGGGUUGACCUGCGCUUUGCGGGGGGUCCUGAUGAUCGCAAACACUUUGGCAAGCUAUGGUCUUCUUUCGUCAACUUAAGCACCGGAUUGGAUUUGAAUAACUGCCAUUACGUCGUGAUUGCUCCCUGGGAUCAUUUCUCAUGGAAGAUGGAUCGAGUUGUCAGGUGGUGUUCCAAUCAUGAGUGUGCGAGUUUUGAACUUCUUGAUGGCGAAAGAUCAGGCAAUUUAGGUCAUUGGAGAUUGCAUACUUCCUACAAGAAUUUGCCAAUUGAAGUGAUGAACUAUUUUCAUGGCUGUAAGCUCAAGAACAUUUCAGAGCCACAAUUUCCUGUUCGACAAGCUGCUGUUGCGGUACAAGUUACUCUGAGCGAAGAUCCAAUAGGAAGCGCAGCAGUGAUGGCAUCCUCUUUGCCCACCGUUUCUCUGGAGGAGCGUCGCCGACGCAUCGAGGCUUUCCGCAGGGCUCUUAAGGACCCUGAUUGCCUCGCGGAAGCGAUGGCCUUUGAGGAACCGGCAUAUUUUAAGGAUGCCUAUGGCGUUGUGAAGGAGGCGUACCAGUACAAGCUGGUGGAGCCUGCGGAGUCUGAUCCGCCAGAGGCCAUUUUCCUCGGCCGUAUCCGAAACGGCGAGUGGAUUGGUCUGCGGAAGCAGUACCCCUACGCAGGUUUUCCCCUCCUGUACGAGAUGUGGCACCGCCAUUUCAACAGCCCGGCUCAUCAGGGAAUGCCGAUUGAGGGCUUCGAGCUCCAUGGCGAUUCCCUCCUGACGGAGUGGACAGAACUUGUCAAAGCUUAUCUCCGCGACCUGGCUUAUGUGGGGCAUGCCACAAACGCCGAACGGGCUCUCAAGGCCACUGAGCCGUUUGAUGUCUGUCACAGAGCGUAUGUGCUAUCCCAGGAAACCCUGGGCUACCACGAGUUAAUGCCAGCUGCCACGGCGUUGUUAGACUCGGUGUAUACUCCAGCCCUCCGAAGAAUCGAGCAUCAAGAGCAACCAAGCUCGUAUUUUAUUAUCGGAGGAGAUAGCUCUCUCGCGUUGGUGACCCGCGGCGACGGUGGACGCGUCCUGAUGAAGGGGACGAUGGAACCGUCACUCCGGGAGGAGAUGACCAAGGACAUUCGCAUGGAUGGAUGUUCGGUCGUCAUGCGCUGGGGAAAAGGACUUGGAGACAUCGUGUGGCACGUGGAACAAGAGCUCAACCGAGUCCAGAAGUGGAAGAACGGCCAGGAACCGCUCGCACCGGAAGGUGUCGACAUUAUCAUUCAAUGGGGUGGUAAUGACGUCUAUGGCGAGUAUGGUUACAAAGGCUUUUCCUUCCACAUGCGCAAUGCGUGGGUUCGUGUUGAUGAUGCAUUGCAUGACACACUUUCCAAUUGGGAGACCAAGGGACGCAAGGCCGUCGAGGACCCAAAAGAUGCCCUGGUCCGUCUCUCAUCCCGGAAGGGAGUGUCCUCUGUCACGUUGGUGGCUGGCCCCCACAAUGGGGAAUUCUAUGGUCUCCCGGAGGUCUAUGACCUGGAGAUGGCACGCCAUUCCGAUGAGUUGAAGGAGCGAGGGAUCCGCAUCGUUGAUCCCCAGGCUCACAUCCUUACGACAGAGCGUUACGAUGGGUUUCACAUGGAGGCUACCCACGACAAUGUGAAGGUAACCACCCGCUGGUUCUUUCACCUUUGCUCUGCAAUCAUGUUCGAGCGGUGGCUUGUGAAGCACGCGAUGGAACUUAAGGCCAAUUCGCGUGGUAUCCUCUUUCACAACCACUUUCACCUCGGACUCGGCUUGGAAGAGCUCGACAUCCCUCCUACCACGGACUUGCUCAUUCCGGCGGAAGCUGAGAUGGUGACUUUCCCACCUGAGGCACCGCCCGUGCAACGUUUCCCAGAGGAGGAGAUUGUCUUGAACCAGCCGAUCCUCAGCUUGGAAAAGCUUGACGAGCUUGAGGGUGUACCGCCCACUGACUAUGUCAAUGAAGUGGCAAAAGAGUCAGAGGAGCUCACGGUUGAGGACGUAGUGUCUCGUAACCCGAAUCCGGAGGACGAGCACCUCACCGUGGAAGCGGUUGACCCCGGCUCGGAGAUGGAACAAAUCGUUCGAAAAAUGAUUGAGUCGGUGAACCUGGUGAUGACGGAUAAGGAGGCUGAAGAGGUCGCCCAGGAGACGGGUGUUGCUCCAUACGAGUUUGUUGAGCCGAAUGUCACAGCUACAUCUGUCGUGGAUGGUGAGGCAGUCUCUACGAUUGCUACUUCCGACAUCCCGACGGAAGUCUGGGACUCUGGUCCGAUGGCUGUGGACUACGGCGCAGAUGACGAAGUGGAGCAUCCCCGCGGAAGUGGUGGACCCAUCUGGCUUACACCGGAUCAGCUACCUGAUGUCAAGGGUCGCAUGGGAUACUUUCGCCUCAAUGAGAUGGAGUGUGUUUCGUUGGGCAAAAAGCUGUCGUGGCACCUGCGUGGGCAUGCCAAGGACAAGGGGUUCCGCACUGUUGAGUUCGACGAAGAGCAGUCAGCAGAGAUUGGUGAUGUCUUGAAGGUCAUUGGGAAACAGUGGUCCCGCCUGACGGUGAUGACCAUUAUUGACCUGUUGACGUCCGAUCACUGUGACAAAGCACGGUUCGAACUCCAGGCGGAAGCCUUGGACGAGGAGACACGGUUGGGCCGGGGAACAAACUGGCACUUUACCCGUGUCCGAGCAUUCCAAGGACACAACGCCUGCUUGCUCGUCCUCGGCAGUGACCCGCUGAAGACCACUGUCAAACAGUGGGCCCUCGAUGAUCAAUGGAUCCCGUCCUAUGUUGAUCUACCGAUCACGGGUCCAUAUCCUUAUCGGGCAACGGCCUUCGAUCUGAUGCCAAAGCUGGCGUACCACGCCACAUACUGGCGAAAUUUCAUCAAGAUCGUCAACACAGGCCUCAUCCCGGGAGGGAAAAUGACCUCGAAGGGCAACAGCGGGAGGCCCUUCAACAUGUUCGCGAUGGAGCCUCAGUGGGAACGCACCUCCAAUCAGGGUGUCCGCCCUGGCGCGCAGCUGGAAUUUGUGAUAGACUUACAGCUCGCUGCUUGCGAUGGCUGUCGGUUUUUCGAGACAAAAGCUGGAGCGCUGCAGACGCCGGAUUGGAUCAGCAACCGGGCCAUUCUGUAUGCAUAUGACCGGUCGACUCAGGAGAUGAUCUGGGCGAACCGAGCAUACGAACCAGCGCGGAAGCGCUUGGCCCAGGCGUGCAAAGACAAGAGCCUCAACACGCCCAUUUAUGGCGAGCGGGGUCACCAGGAACUGAUCGAUGCAAACGGCUAUUGCUUCAACUACCUCGUGGCAGGCCUAGGGUAUCGCAAUUUCGACACCUGGAAAGACGCCGCUAAGGCAUGCAAGGAUGUCUACGACCUUGAUUUCUACCCAACAAGCAUGUGUGGUCUAGACAUUCGCAUCCCGGAAGGGCAUGCCUUGCAGGGCUCUGAGUCAUUGUACAAGAUGGUGGUUCACGUGGCUCCGAAGCAACCUCAUCAGAAAUGCAACGAUGAGUCGGAUUGGCGCCGCCAAGAGAAUGUCAGCAUUCCUUCUUUUGCUUGCCCGAGCUGCGGUACAUCCAACGUUGAUGGUACAAUCUGCUGCUAUCGAUGUGAGUCUCGACUGGAACCGCACUCAGAUGUGAGCAUGGCUUUGGAGAACACCCGUGCCAAGCAAGUUGCCGCCCGGAAGGGUGAGCCCCUGGAUUACAGGGCAUUGCAACCGAGCGGGGAGGUCAACUCCAAUCGGGCCACGGGCAACAAGAGGGAUCGGAGUGCUGGCUCUGGCCCAGCCGCUGUUCGUCAGCAGGCCGCUAAGUACCUCGGAAAGGCCUUGAAGGCGGGUUCUCGCACUGUUGUUGAGCGUCAGUCUCGUGAUCCGUUCACGGCCUACAACAAUGCAAGAUUUGGCAUAUCCAUCACGGGGCUUGAGCAACUCAUGAUUUUCGCCCGAAUGAGGAUCGCCAACCCGCCGAGGUCACGCCAGAUGAUCCAUGACCGCACUGGCUUUGACGGCGCAGCAAAGGUGAGCUUCUCAUUCCCACCGGAAGGUGAGGACCUGACACUUACGGACCACUGCUUUGUGGCGUUCGUGGACAGGUUCUACAAGCUUGAUGAAGCCGCCUUGUUGGCGUUUGCCGUCCAUCGCAAUGGCUACGUCAUGGACAUCCUGGGCUUCAGCGGUCGCGUGUUGAAGCCGACCGGUCCAGUGGUACAGAUCUUGGCUAGGAUUGUGGGAUUCUUCCAAGACGAGGUACGAUAUGCAGUUGAGCGCGGCGAACAGGUGCCUGAGCUGGUUUUACCUGCCAAUCAGGAACUCCGCGUCCCGGAAGGGCUCGCCUCUCUUGGGGACAGACAGCUGAACGAGCUUCUCAUCAACACGAAGUUCGCGAGACAGCUCCCCGGCGCCAAGGGCGUCAAUGAGAGGAUCGGAUAUGCCUUUAGAGCAGGGAGGACGGAGAUCAGAGGCAGAUCAGCUCAGCCACCGAUUCCUAAGGCGAGGCCAACUACUCGAGCGACUGGCAGUGCACAGCGAGCUGGCUCAGUUCCUCCGAAGCCACGAGCGCGCCCUCGCGAUGCACCGAUGCGUCCGCCCGAGCCAAAAGGGCCUCCACCAACGACCUUGGUUGUCGAUUCAAGGGGGAACCCUAUUGACCCAUCGCAGCCUCGCCGACCUUACUUUACCCGGCAUGAUGCGCUGCUUUGGGCUCGCCUCAAGGCAUCUCGGGACAAGAACGUUCCCAGAGGAAUGGAAGAUCGUGCGGUACCAGCUUUUCACGAUUUGAACGACUUCCACCUCCUGGCACCGGAGCAUGUGGGCUACUUCCUCUCUGGCUGGAAAGAGACCCAAAACGGGAUCCGCCUGUACUGA